CGGCGGCGGCGGCGGCGGCUGCAGAUCCGGGAAGAGAGGGGUCCCGGCCUAGACGGCACGCGGGAAAGAUGUCAGCAGGAAGUGCCUGGCGUAGCCUCACAGCAACACAGAAGGCAAUGCUGAUGAUUGGGGUCCCAGCCAGUGCUGUGGCUGUGUAUAUAUUGUACAGGAGGUACCGGGAGAAGCGAGAUGAGCACUGUGUGCUGGUUGGCGAUGAUCAGAUUGCCAUGGACAUGAAAGUCCCUCGAGAUGCUGUGAAGAUCAUCAUCGGGCGGCAGGGUUCCACCAUUAAACAGCUUCGGAAGGAGACGGGAGCCCGCAUCGAAGUGGAGGCCAGCGAGGAGAUGGGCGGCUACGAAGGGACUGCCGAGCGACUGCUCACCAUCAUCGGGUCACCGGUGCAAGUGUGCAAGGCCAAGGUCGCCAUUCACCAGCUCCUGGCUGAGAGUGUCAAGAUCACCGAGGAACUGCAGGUUCCCCAUCGAGCGGUGGGACGGAUUAUAGGCCGUGGAGGUGAGAGCAUCCGGGAGAUAUGUCGAACCACGGGAGCAAAGAUUGUGUGUGAGGAGACUGGGAAGCAGCUUCUGGACCUGAGCCGCUCGGUCAGGAUCAGUGGCACGAGACAAGAGGUGGCUUCAGCCAAAACGGAGACGAUGAUUGGUCCGAGCCUGAAACGCGUCACGGAGGAGGGGGCGGGGCACGAGCGAGGGGGCGUGCCUCCGGCAGCAGGCUGCGAUGCGCAGGCGCGGGCUUUCUCCUUGUUUUUCCGACUGAGGAGAAACAUUGUGGCCGCGGCGGCAGCGGGGCGGAGGAGGAGGAGGAGGAGGAGGAGGAGGCAGCCUAGCAACCGGAGCCUAGCAACCGCGGGAGCCUAG